CGGAAUUCUGGGAGUUGAAGUCCACACAAUUUAAAGUCGCUCAGGUUGAGUAAUACCGCUUUAAAAAGACAGGCUAUGAGAUUGACUUUGACGCCUCCCCUUUAGGUGGUUCGGCCAGAUGACGUCAUAUAAGGCUCCAGUUCAGGGAAAAGGGCAAGUCGCCGCACGCUCGCUACCGCGCUUGUCUCAAUUCGCGUUCGCCGUCUAUUAUGGAAGAGAUGUGGAGCUUUUGGCAGCUGCUGCUGGCCGUGCCGCUUUUGAUGUUGGGACUCUACUGUUGCUACAUUAAAGUAAUUCAUGUAAAGUACGAUUACAUCCCCGGCGCUCCAAGGGCCAGUUUUUUCCUUGGUCACUUGCCAACCCUCUGGAGAACGUUGAAAAACAAGGAACUGAUACAUGAUCUCUUUCUGAAGUGGGCUGAGAAAUAUGGACCAGUUGUACGUUUUAAUGCUUUUCAUAGAGUUGCAUUACUAAUAUUAAGUCCUGAAGGAGUAAAGGAAUACUUGAUGUCACCACAGUAUUCAAAGGACCCAAGGAUAUAUAACCGACUUCGCAAUGUGUUUGGUGUAAGAUUUUUAGGGAAUGGCUUGGAAACCGAUCUUGACUAUAAUCAUUGGCACAAACAGCGAAAAAUUAUGGAUCCAGCAUUCAGUCGAAAUUACUUGAUUGGGUUGAUGGAGAUCUUUAAUGACCAAGCAGAAGACCUCAUGAAAGUGCUGAAUGAAAAAGCAGAUGGAGAGAUGGAAGUGGAUAUGAUGAGCCUGCUCAGACGGUUGACCAUGGACAUCAUUGCAAAGGUGGCAUUUGGCCUGGAACUAAGCUCUCUACACUGUGACCAAACACCUUUUCCUCAUGCAUUUAACAUGGUCAUAAAGGGAGUGAGCAAGCAACGAAAUCCAUUUUUCCAGUAUCUGCCGAGGAAUAGAAAAGAGGUACAGGAGGUUCGUGAAAGUCUCAGAUUUCUACGUCACACUGGAAAGGAGUGUAUCACACAAAGGCGCAAGGCCAUCCAGAAUGAAGAACCUGUCCCAUUAGAUAUUCUCACCCAGAUAUUGAAGAGUGCAGCUUUCUUCUUUUCUUUCUUGUCUGUGGCAGAUCAGGAGGAAUCUGAUGAUGAAACUAUGGUAGACAACUUUGUCACCUUUUUUGUGGCAGGUCACGAGACCACUGCCAAUCAAUUAUCUUUUACUAUCAUGGAAUUAGCACGGCACCCAGAAAUAGUUACAAAACUUCAGGCUGAAGUCGAUGAAGCUAUUGGUGUGAAGAGGGACGUUGCCUACGAAGAUCUGAGGAAACUGGAAUAUUUAUCACAGGUCCUCAAAGAAAUCCUACGGUUAUACCCACCAGUUCCAGGCACUAUGCGCUGGACAGAGAAGAAAAAUGUAAUUGAAGGAAUUGACAUUCCAGCAAACACCACCCUAUUUUUCAGUACCUAUAUCAUGGGACGCAUGGAUAGAUACUUCAAGGAUGCUCUGACCUUUGAUCCUGAUCGAUUUAGCAAAGGCAAAUCAAGACCUUAUUUUUCCUAUUUUCCAUUUUCGCUGGGACCUCGUUCAUGUAUUGGACAGUUAUUGGCUGAGAUGGAAGUUAAAGUGCUGAUGGCCAAAUUUCUGCAGAGGUUUGAAUUUGAGCUGGCUCCACCACAGAGUUUUAAAAUUCUAGAUACGGGAUCCUUGAGGCCACUUGAUGGUGUAACAUGCAGACUGAAACCACGGCAGCAGUUUAAUUUUUAAAAAGAGCAAAUGUUGUCAUUUGGCAUUUAUGUUCACAAUAUCUUUUAAACUGAACCAGGGUAUAUUAAAGAGCAUUUCAAGCAGCAAUUGAAUGGCUGGUUAUGACAUUUACAUUCGGGUUCACCUGACUACUUUAUAUUCUAAAGUAGUUGAUUCUCUGUAGCUUGAUCAGUUAUCUGAUCCUGUCACUGCUGCUGUUUCAAUUGCUCUCUUCCCGUGGGACAAAUGCACAAGACUGCCUACAUGCAAGAGAUUAGACAAAUAGAUGCUUAGAAUUAGACUUGGAAAAUACCUUGGACAUCAUCUAGACCAGCGGUCACCAACUUUGGUGAUUUUGGUGGUCCGCAGAAAAAUUAUUUGCAUUUUUUAUAUUGCACUAAAUCCUCAAUCUACGGCCCCUGAGCCGGAUACGUGCAAUGAACAUUUGUGUUGCUGCAGAGAGUCUCCCCCUUCAGUUGAAUAUUGAUAAAAUUAAACAAUGGGUGAUUAGAAAAUGAAAGAAUAUAUUUUAAUGUAAGCAUGUGCAUUAAUAGUAGAAUCACAUUAAGUGGAUGAUUGGAAAGAACAUGAAUAGAUUUACUCUAUAUGUUUAAAUGAUUGUGAUUGAUACUAGAAGUGUGCAUUGAAACACUGAACAAUGAAAGAAUGAAGGAUGAAACUUUAAUAUAAAUAGAUGUGAAGAGCUAAAUAAGGGAGUUAUGAAUAACAAAGCAGAUGAAAGAUGAAAGAUAGAAAAGAAAUAUUCUUUGAAUAUUACAGUGAAAUAGAAAAAAGUUAAAAUAGAGAUAGAAAUAAGGGGAAUAAUAGUAUAUAUUAAUAUAACAAGAUAUAUUAAUAUAUCUUUAAUAUAAUAUAUAUAUAUUAUAUCAUAUAUUAUAUAUUAAUAUAUAUAAUAAGAUAUAGAAAAAAAGGUUCUACAUUUAGGCAAGAAAAACAAAAUGCACAGGUAUAGUAUAUGUGGUAGCUCGCUCAGUAGUAGUAAUUGUGAGAGGGAUCUUGGAGUCCUAGUGGACAACCAUUUAAAUAUGAGCCAGCAAUAUGCAGCAGCUGCCAAAAAAGCCAACACAUUCUAGGCUGCAUAAACAGAGGGAUAGAAUCAAGAUCACGUGAAGUGUUAAUAACAUUUUAUAAUGCCUUGGUAAGGCCACACUUGGAAUACUGCGUUCAGUUUUGGUCACCACGAUGUAAAAAAGAUGUGGAGACUCUAGAAAGAGUGCAGAGAAGAGCAACAAAGAUGAUUAGGGGACUGGAGGCUAAAACAUAUGAAAAACAGUUGCAGGAACUGGGUAUGUCUAGUUUUUUUUCUUUUUUAAAAAAUUUGAUUUAUAUGCCGCCCUUCUCCGGCGACUCAGGGCAGCUUACAAUCUGCUAAGCAAUAGCCUUCAUCCUUUUGUAUAUUUAUACAAAGUCAGCUUAUUGCCUCCACAACUGGGUCCUCAAUUUACCUACCUUAGAAAGGAUGGAAAUCAACCUUGAGCCUGGCGAGAUUCGAACUUGCAGUAAUUGCAGGCAGCUGGUCUUAAUAACAGGGGGCUUUAUACCACUAUACUACCAAGGCUCUUUAAUGAAGUAGUUUAAUGAAGAGAAGGACUAGGGGAGACAUGAUAGCAGUGUUCCAAUAUCUCAGGGGUUGCCACAAAGAAGAGGGAGCCAAGCUAUUCUCCAAACACCUGAGGGUAGAACAAGAAGCAACGGGUGGAAACUAAUCAAGGAGAGAAGCAACUUAGAACUAAGGAGAAAUUUCCUGAGAGAACAAUUAAUCAGUGGAACAACUUGCCUCUAGAAGUUGUGAAUGCUCCAACACUGGAUGUUUUAAAGAAGAGAUUGGAUAACAACUUGUCUGAAGUGAUGUAGGGUUUCCUGCCUAGGCAGGGGGUUGGAUUAGAAGACCUCCAAGGUCCCUUCCAACUCUCUUAUUCUUUAAUAUAUGUAAUAAUUAUAUUCUACAGUAUAUGUAAUAAUAAGAGGGAGGUUUAGAAAUUGAAGGGCAGUAGUGUUAGGUAUGUUUAAACAAUACGAAACAAUGAAAAUGAAAUGUAAUAACAGAGUAAUUAUAUGUCUAUUUGCAUCAAAAUGUAUGAUACCCAGGUAUUGCACUAUUCGUCCAUUGAUAUAAAUAAUAUAAAAUAAAAAACUUGAAUUAAAAAAAA